AUGAAUGUGCGCCGCCUGCCGCGCCUCGCCGCCCAGCUCGACUUCGCGAGGAAGCUGGGCAUGGAUGACCUAGUCGAGCACACCAGCAGCAUCGUUUGGAUCGGCCACUCGCCGGGGUCGUUCCACGACGACUUCGCGGACAACGUGGUGGUCCAGCUCACCGGGACCGCCACGUUCAUCAUAUUCCCCGCGCAGUGCGCGUGGCUCCUGAAGAAGAGCGUCGGGAGAAACAGGACGCUCGCGGGUCACGCGGGCCCUCUGCAGUGGGUGCGGAGGGGCAUGAAGCGCGGCAAGGGCCGGGCGCCGUUCUACCACGUGGCGCUGAAGCCCGGCGAUGGGCUGGCGGUGCCCAGCACCAGCAUGCACAAGGUGAUCUCUCGCGACAGCAGGCGCCUCGCCCUCAACGCGUUCUUCGAGGCAAGGCCUGGGAGGAUGCAGUGGCCGGGCGCGCCGGCCAACGCCUUCUACCGCCACGACCAGAGCGCCUUGGCCAUGAGAAACUUGUGGAUCAAGACGCUGAGGUAUCUGUGGGAGUCCCGGGAGGUUGCCAUCGCGAUGCACACGGAGAGGAUAGAGCUGAUCCGAAGAAGGUCCGCGACGCGGCGGCGGCAACGGUGUGCCCAUCGAGCCUCGCCUCCAGCCGCAGGGGUCUGA